GCUUCCCUGGCGUUCCGCAUUGCACUUGUGAUCCUUCGAUUACUAUUUCGUCUCCUACCCAUCAAAACUUAGUACAUUCUAUACCCUAACGGUGGGCUCUCACGAUUGGUAGAGAGGACAACACGCUUUCAGAACUCUAUUCAAUGAUUUAUUCCCAAGCCCUCCGGACGUUUCCUAUAUGUAGGCGAAAGGAUAGUGGUCCCCAGGCGUUGCGCCACAAUCAUCUCCCUUUUUCCUGCUCGUUCUCUCGCUCGCAAUGUCUGAGUCCAAACAGGCGCCUUCAGUCAGCGAACACGACAAUGAAAAAGGAUCAGUCGUCCAAGACGCGUCUGCUCACUCGGCUCACUCGAGCGAGUUGGACCUAGUAAAUUAUCAUGAGCACAAUGCUGGACGACUUGUCGUGGAUCCAGAGGAAGCGAAGAUCGAGUUUGGAGAAGAAGUCGCCAAAAGACUGAAGCUCACUAAGGACGGCACGAAGGUCUUAUGGCCACAACCUGCAGAUGACCCGCAGGAUCCUCAGAAUUGGUCUGAUUUCCACAAAGGCGUUCAGUUGCUUAUCAUUACUCUUGCCGCCAUCGUUCCCGACUUCGACUCUGGAAUAGGCAUAACGACGAUCUUCGCACUUGCCGAGCAGUUUAACACCACGACCGGUGUAAUCAAUAACUUGACAUCCAACUGGAGUAUUUUCCUUUUGGGAUGGGGUGGUCUCUUCGCCGUCAUGCUCAUGCGUCGUUACGGUCGUCUGCCCGUUCUCUUCUGGUCCCAACUCCUUGCGGUCGGCUUCCUUGUUGGAUGCACCUUCGCACCUAAUCUCAAGACAUUCACAGCCAUGAGAUGCUUGACUGCGUUCUUCGGAACUUGCCCUCAGGUUACGGGUCUCUAUGUCGUCACUGAUUUAUUCCCAUUCCAUCUCCAAGCAAGAAAGCUCAACAUCUGGACCAUGGGAUUCAUUUUGUCACCGUUCCUUUCACCAUUCGCGUUCGGAUUCUUGGUUGCCCGAACUACCUGGCGAUGGGCAUACGGGAUUGGAUCCAUCUACGGUGCUUUGGUGGUGCUUUUGAUUGUAUUAUUCAUGGAUGAGACCAUGUAUGAUCGCAAGCUCUCUAACCCAAGACCUUACGGGGAACCUAAAUCGCGCCUCCGUCACCGCAUAGAAACAUUGAUUGGGAUUACUGGAUAUCGUAUGGCGAAAUAUCGAUCAGGCUGGAAGGAGGUUCUCUUCGUCUGGUUCAAGAUUUUAUGGCGUCCUCACCUUCUUGGUAUCCUCUGGUUUGAGGCCAUGCUCUUUGGUUUCAGCAUCGGGAUCAAUGUUACCUUCGCCGUAUUCAUUGGCACGCCACCACCUGUUGGCUACGGCUUUGGUCAAUUCGCUAUUGCUGGUGCAUACGGGACUCCAAUCGUGGCGGUCCUCAUUGGAGAAGUGCUCGGUAGAUACUUCAAUGAUUGGGUCAUGAACUUCACCAUUCGACGGAACAAGGGUGUUUUCGAGGCGGAGAGUCGUCUAUGGACUUGUUACAUCGCUAUCCCCUUGUAUAUCUGUGGUUUUGUUUUGAUCGGUGCCUCAUUGCAGAACCACAUGACCAUCGGUGCACUCAUCAUGGGCUGGGGAAUUGCUGAAGUUGCGACCAUGAUCAACACCGUAGCUGUGUAUGCUUACUGCAAUGAUUGCUUCCCCCGUCUUCAGGGUGAAAUCUCCGCUUUGAUCAAUCUUGCGCGCACCCUUGGAGGUUUCAGCGUGGCAUACUUCCAAGUGCCUUGGGCAACAAAGAACGGUGCUUUGCAAACUUUCGGGGUCGAAGCGGCGAUCGUGGUCGGCUUGUUUAUUCUCAUAGUUCCUGCCCUACAGCUCAAGGGCCGAUAUCUUAGAGAACGAUUCUCAUAUUGAAAUUGGUUAAUGGUUACUUACCAUGCAUUUCAUCAGUUGUUUGUGACUCGCAGAGACGAGGUGAUUUAGUGACUGAAUGUCCUAAAGCUAAAGACCGGAAUGUAUACACUAUCUCACUGCAGCGUCCGCAUGAAAUCAACGAUGCGUAUAUUU